GUGCCACUGUUUAUCUGAUUUUUUUUAGCCCUAAUGUCAUUGUUUCAUCAGUCUAUAGCAGAUGUUGACGGUCGGUUUAUUUGCACCUCAUUUUCUCACUCGUUUUGAUCGGGAACAACCCGCCUGUGUCGUCUGACUCUGCAAGAGGAAGCUGUUUUUCGCAUCACAGAUGCUCGGACUCCCAUGUUUUGUUUGUUUCACCGGGUUUCCCUCCCGUCGAGUCGACAGGCAUGACGGACAGUAACGCCGCCGCUCGGGUUAUAGGCAGCAGCAGCAUCUCAUGUACAGUGCCGCAUCAACAAGCCUCGCCGCCCAAACACCGGGUCCCCCUACCGGCGCCCCCGUGUCCGCCGGUCCCCGGACGCCUCUUGUGACAUGACAGCUCGGGGAAGAAAGAAGAGGAUCAAAGGUUACGGGCAGGGGUUCAAGCAGGAGCGCAGGCGGGUUGGAUCCUUGAGGAGAGGGCACACGGAAACAGACAGUGUGCACUGUUUGAGUGGAGACGAUACAAUCAUACCUGUAUCAAAAAUUCAUGUGAUACUUUUUUAAUCACUGCAGGGUAUUUCUCUUGUGGCUUGCAGACUCCAGAGAGGUCAGAGCACCGGCUUAGCCACAGAACAGCACCCCUGGAGCGGAUUGAUGUGCCCAUAGGCUACAUCAGCAGGGGGAUUGAACCUGGAUCCUGGUCUCACUGGACCCAGCUCUCCUGUGAUCUCACUGAAGCCUUAUUGUGAUUCUGAUUUGGGCCUACAGCGUGGUAGCACCCACCUUUGCCUUACAGUUUCAUCUGAUGCACGGCCUCAUAGUGUUGAUACUGGUCGAGUCCCAGUCAGCAGUGCUGUUCCCCAGGCCUGGCAGGCUCUCUUGGCUGCUGCUGACCAUCACCUUUACCUGCACAGCCAUGGGCUGCAUCCAGAGCAUUGCCUGUAACAAGUCACGCAUCAAACGAGAGAACAUCGUGGUGUACGACCUGUCCGCCACCAUAGACCACUGCCCGACUGUCAUUGAGGAGAACUCGCCCAUAGUGCUUCGAUACAAGACGCCCUAUUUCAAAGCCUCGGCGCGGAUUGUGAUGCCCCCUAUUCCGCGCAAUGAGACAUGGGUGGUGGGCUGGAUCCAGGCGUGCACCCAGAUGGAAUUUUACAACACCUAUGGAGACGUCGGCAUGUCGAGCUGGGAGCUGCCUCAGCUACGAGAAGGCCUGGUGAGGGCAAUCAGUGACUCGGACGGUGUGAGCUACCCCUGGUACGGAAACACAACAGAGACUGUCACCAUAGUGGGCCCCACCUCCAAGCCAUCCCGCUUCAUUGUAAGCAUGAAUGACAAUUUUUACCCCAGCGUCACCUGGGCUGUGCCAGUCAGUGAAUCCAACACUCCCUUACUGACUAAUAUCAAAAGGGACCAGAGCUUCACUACCUGGCUGGUGGCACUCAAUACCACGUCCAGGGAAAAGAUCCUGCUCCACACCAUCAAGUGGAGGAUGAGGGUCGAUAUCGCGGUGGAUCCGUCCCUGCCUCUGGGCUCCAGGGCCAGGCUGGUAGGCCGGAUGCACCAGGACCAGCCGCGGGUGCUGUCCCGUAUGGAGCCCAUCCCUCCUAACGCCAUGGGGAGGCCCAAUGCCAACGACGCCCAGGUUCUGAUGUGGAGGCCGAGGAGAGGGCCUCCGCUUGUUGUCAUACCACCCAAGUAGUUCGUUGAGAGCGUCUGAGUGGCCGUUUGUUAUAUCAUAUCAUAGUGGGCCACUUCUGCAGUGAAACGGCUAAUGAGAAAAUCUGAUGAAAAGACGGAAAACAGACUAAAUGAAGAUCUAUAAGCAGGCUGAGACUUGAACUGUCAGUGGCACAAAUCAGAGUUGCAGUCUUUUGCGUGUAAAAUCUUGAGGGGACAACUGCCUUAAUUCCCCACCGCUGCCUUUGACGAUGCAGAAAGUAUGUUGGUCUCUACUUCUCGUGCUGUUGAGCUGUUGGGUCUCCAGGCCUUCACUCCAGCCCAGCAUAACUGAGCAAAACUAACUUUGAAAAUCCGCCAUUAGUGCUGGGAUUUAAUGUAACGCAAACCUGUACUGUAGCUACUCAGGCCCAGAAAGAAACAAUCAAGCCUAAAUACAGACCCUGUUUAAAAAGGUUCUUCAGCCUUAAUGAUGACAUAAUGCUGGCCUGCUCUGUACUGUACAGUAAAGUGUUGUGUAAGAGUGUAACCAAGGAAAGACGUUAGUGUUUAUGGGUCAUACAGGUCCAAGGAGGGCAACACUGCUGUGGGGUUUAACUAUUACAGACAGAGAUAACUAUUAUAUCAACUGAAAUGUUACUGGAUGAUGUGCUUUUAGAGAUGACGUGAGUGUGGGUGUGCAGGCAUGUGUGUAUGUGUUUGUGGUUGUGUGUUUUCUAUAAUGGAGCCCCAGGGUUGGGUCCGGGCUUGCUGCUUUGUCACACCAGAAUGCCUCAUUCACACUCACACUCACACUCACACUCACUCACUCACACACACACACACACACACACACACACACACACACACACACACACACACACACACACACACACACACUCAUUUGUGAUUAUGCUACAGGGAGCUUAACUUUUCAAGAUCAUUUGAAGUCAGAAAGAUUGUCAACAUACAUGCAUCCUCAGAACCUCUUUGUUUUUUUACAUAUCACAGAAAAUGUAGAUAUCACAGCUUGGAUUUGGUGAUAUGCACACAAUUUGUGCGCUGAGAGGAAUCUUAAAUGAAGCCCUGCAGCGCGAUUUUUGUUUUUUUGCAAUCACAAAUGGCCAGUUCAUCCAAGCUGCAGAGCUUCUCCCUCCCUGCCUUUUGAAAGCCAGUGAUGCCUGUGUUGAUGACAGUCUUCUAUCGUAAAAACUGGAUUUUGUCUUUCCCAUGUCCCAUCUAAUCAGAUUUGUGAGUUGAAGAAGCAAGGUUACUUUAUUUUACAAGUCAUAGAACAAGUCUGCCUUCAGUGGCUGCGAGAGGACAAACAAAGCUACAAUACGUCUUUAUCUAGUCAAUAUAUGUUGUUUAAGAACAAAGAUUGUAGUGAAAGAGAACUGUAUUUACACUAGAAGACUUAAAAAAUCGGCUCAGCUAAAUUACGAAAAAACAUAGCGUCUCACUUACCUGUAGCGGUAUCUAGCCAUGCAGAUGUUUGGGAUUUUAUUUGUCCAAGUUUUAGAGAAAAAAAAAGAGAUAGAAAAACAAACACCGCUCACCUCGCUAGAACCUCUGACCUCUGAAGUUUUGAAAUAUGUGUCAGUGAGAUUUCUGCCUCCCAACCAAUGCAAUGGAGGUGUAUGAAAUUUCUUUAGUGAACACAGCUUUGAAAAGUUGCAUUUAAACAAGACUAAGACUCUAUAGCCAUGCUAGCAGUUCUGUGAGGCUGCACUUAGACACAGCAAAGCUUUGAGCUAAAUGCUAACAUGUUAUCAACGACAAUGCUAACGUGCUGAUGUUUAGCAAGUAUGUUUACCAUGCUCAUCAUCUUAGUUUAGCUUGUUAGCAUUCUAACAAUUGCCAAUUAGCACUAUGAUUGGAAUCUCUUGACAUGUUGAUAGUGUUUUUUUAAAAAUGUCAUUUGUUAGAGCUUUAAAGAACACAAGUGGCUUUCCUUUCACCUCUAUUGUAUUGGGUAUAGGAAGAAACCUGCAUAAAUAUAACCAAAACUAUCUACAUUGCUAGAUACUGUAGGAAGUAAAUAAGAGAAUGUUUUUUUGUUUUUUUGUAACUUGGGUGAACUGACCCUUUAAAGAUUGGUGCAGUAUUUGGUUUACAAAGACAUACAGUCUAUUGUGCCAUUGCGAUCUUUUAUAAAAUGUGUUUUAUAAGGAUUCAUAACUGAAAAUGAAAACCAGGGUGCAGCUUAGAUAAUAUGAACAUUUCACAAUCACAUUGAAUCUGAAAAUGUUGCUUAUUGUUUUCCAGGCAGGUUUAUAUGCUGUAUUUCUGUUCGUGCACACUCAGCACACAGUGGGCCAGUGAAACAGGCCCUGCUGAAGUGCUGAGCUGGUCCAGAUAAGACAGAGAUGAAGAGAGAGGGAGGAUGUAACCACGUUAUCUUACCCAUGCUGCUCAUUACUCCUGGUGCAAACCGAACGAGCCUUCAUACACACACACAUACACACCUCAUCUAUAACGACACUAAAGCCGUGAUCACCGGAAGCAGUGUUCUGCCUGUGUAUUGCACACAGGAGCAUCUGAGAGCCCACGUUGACAAUCAAGGGAAACAUCUAAAGCAGAAAUUUAACUGGAGAAACUAAGUAGGUGAUCUUUAUUGGUUAGUGAUUUUAUUCAGAGAAUGGAGGCUUUAAUAGGGUGAAACAAAGUGGAAACACACUUAUACUUGACCAUGAGGUUACACAUUCUGCAGUCUGUGUGUAUCAGGGCCUCAAGUGUCUUUUACAGUAACAGAUGUGCCUGAGGACUCGAGGGUACAGCGGUGCAUGGCCCUUCAUGAGGAGCUUGACUUGUUAAUUCCUACUUCUUCUGAUGAUUGACUGGAGUCUAAUGCAGUUAUCGGUUUAAAAAUGACUGGGUAAUGGUGUUUUACAGUGUUAUAAUAUAAAGGACAUGAAACUCCGGCGUGUUACAGUCCUUUCUCUCAGACUGUCUGGCUUUUGCAUGCAGUGUUUUUAAACUCAUUAAAAUAAAUGCCAAAAAUA